AUGUCGCCGUGCGGCGGGGUGGCCGGACGCGGCAGUGGUGCACAGGCCGAGGCCGGGCGCUGCAGCAAGGGCGCUCUCCCUCCCUUCCUUCCCCUACAAGAGGGGGCCAGGCACGGCGGCGCCCAAGCGCGGCCGGCACGGCUCCGCGAGGGCUGCAGAUGUCGGGCGCUGCAGCGGGCCGCAUCCUCCCUCCCUUCCCCUACAAGCGGGACCGGGCACAGCGGCAACCAAGCGUGGCCGGCGCGGCUCCGCGAGGGCCGCAGCUGGGCAGGGCCGGCGGGGCAUGGCACGGCGGCCGGACGCAACGCCAGGGCCGUGGCCGACCGUGGCGGCGGGCGCGGCUGCAGGAGGGCCCGUAGCGGCGCGAUGGGCGGGGGCAGCGGGGCCUGCACAGCCGGUGGCGCGAUGCAGGCAGCAGGGGCCACGGCCGACGAGCGGGGCCGCAAUGGCCAUCGGCACCGCUCCAACGGGACCGCGGACCCCGGCGCGGCGGGCAGCGGCAUCGAGGCUCGGCGAGGGUGGGCGAUCUUCGCGAAGCAGGGGCCGCGUUGCUGCGGGCGAGGGGCAGCGGCUGCCGGUGCCAGCUGA